AUGCUGGGAUUAGAUAAUGCAGGAAAAACCACAAUUCUGUAUAAACUAAAGCUUAACGAAGUUGUCAGUACCAUUCCCACAAUAGGAUUUAAUGUAGAAACAGUCAGACAUAAUGGAUUGGAGUUUACAGUGUGGGACGUUAGAGCACAGCAAAAAUUCCGAGCCCACUGGCGUUACCAUUUCCAAAACGCAUAUGGUAUGUUUAUAUUUUCAAUGACCCCCAACGAUAGAGAACGGUACAAAAUGGCUAGAGAAGAAUAA